GAGCUGAGGAGCCAGACCCUCGUCCCAGACCCAGAGGCAUGGGAACCUGUGCUGAUACCAACAUCUCAUCUGACCUUGAGAGCAACACCACAGGCAUCACGUCCUUCUCCAUGCCCGGCUGGCAGCUGGCACUGUGGGCUGCAGCCUACCUGAUCCUUGUGCUGGUGGCCGUGAUGGGCAAUGCAACAGUCAUCUGGAUCAUCCUGGCCCAUCGGAGGAUGCGCACAGUCACCAACUACUUCAUUGUCAACCUGGCCGUGGCCGACCUCUGCAUGGCCGCCUUCAACGCCGUCUUCAACUUCGUCUACGCCAGCCACAACAUCUGGUACUUUGGCCGCACCUUCUGCUAUUUCCAGAACCUCUUCCCGGUCACAGCCAUGUUCGUCAGCAUCUACUCCAUGACCGCCAUCGCCGCAGACAGGUACAUGGCCAUCGUCCACCCCUUCCAGCCCCGGCUGUCAGCCCCUGGCACCAGAGCCGUCAUUGCUGGCAUCUGGCUGGUGGCCCUGGCCCUCGCCUUCCCACAGUGCUUCUACUCCGCCAUCAUCAUGGACCAGGGAGCCACUAAGUGCGUAGUGGCCUGGCCUGAAGACAGUGGUGGCAAGAUACUCCUUCUGUACCAUCUCGCAGUGAUCGCCCUCAUCUACUUCCUGCCUCUUGUGGUGAUGUUCGUUGCCUACAGCGUCAUAGGCCUCACGCUCUGGAGACACACGGUCCCUGGGUACUAUGCACAUGGUGCCAACAGGCAUUACCUGCAGGCCAAGAAGAAGUUUGUGAAGACCAUGGUGCUGGUGGUGGUGACAUUUGCCGUCUGCUGGCUGCCCUACCACCUCUACUUCAUCCUGGGCAACUUCCAGGAGGACAUCUACUGCCACAAGUUCAUCCAGCAGGUCUACCUGGCACUCUUCUGGCUGGCCAUGAGCUCCACCAUGUAUAAUCCCAUCAUCUAUUGCUGCCUCAACCACAGGUUUCGCUCUGGAUUCCGGAUUGCUUUCCGUUGCUGCCCCUGGGUCACGCCAACUGAGGAGGACAAGAUCGAGCUGACUCACACUCCAUCCCUGACCAGGAGGGUCAACAGGUGUCACACUAAAGAGACUUUAUUCAUGAACGGGGAUGUGGCCUCAUCUGAGGCCCCCAGUGGGCAGGCUGGGGGUCCCCAACACAGGGCGCCUACUGAAUCCUGAAGCCUUGGGCCUGGCUGCAGGGUGAGGCUUAGCAAGCACCCUCUGAGAAGUCCCAGACCAGAUCUGGAGACCAGAUCCAAAAAUCUGGCCCAUGCCUCACCCUUCAACACAUCGAUGGAAGCACAAGAAGGGGCCGGGCACUCUACGGGGGUUGCUGACUUGGGGGAUCCAGCCUGCCCUCAGACAGUGCCUCAGGGGACCCAGUGAGAGGAGGGAGACGCAGUGAGCUAAUGCCGGUCCAAGCCAGAAGGUGCGGGCCCAGACGCCUUCCUGGGGCACACAACGCAACGAAUGAGUUGGAUCCAGUAGAAAAGAAAAACUGCAACUAUGAUGGUAAAAGGCAACUGACUUCCGGUGUUGGGUCACAGGGAAUGGUGGGGACUGUGGCAAACCCGAGGACAUAGGCAUCCAAAGGGAACAACAGCUGAUCAGCUCUAGACAAAUGCUGCCGCGUGGUAAGGGGAAUUCACUGCUGCCUCAUCUUCUAAGUCUUUUCCAGAGAAGCCAGAAAUCCCAUCUGUGAGAUUUCCGGGCUUGUCCCGUUGGCUCAUUUUUAUAAAGGUUGGGAGCACAGAACAAAACACACCUGUGGGCAGCAGCCAACAAGACACUGAUUCACUAUCGGGUUCAAGACACGAGGCUUCUCUGCCUCGGCAUCUAAACACUCAGAUCCAGCCCAGUAUCGACGGUGAGAAGUCCAAGGGAUUGGGGGAAAGGUCAAAGGAAGCCUCCACUGUGCGGGGCGAGUCCCUCAGACCCGCAGCUCUUCCUCUCCCAAUGGCAAGAUUUGCUGUGGGGAUGACAAAGAGAUGCCUAAACGCUCCCAGGCCAAACACAGGUUAAGUGCUUAACAAACAGCAGCCGCCGCGGUUUUCUUAACUCCCGUGCCGGCUAUGUAACACGAGUGGCUCCUGCAAGGCAGCAACACCGCUCUCUCCCUCUCUCUUUCACAGCACGAAGGCGGCAGGCAGACACCACCCACUGUCCCGACCCAGAGGAAGCUCUGGGUCUGGCCCAAGGUCGCACCUCUCCCUGCUUGCCACCUGCCCCUCCGGGCCCCAGAAGAACCAUGUAACACUGCGUGUACAGCAAGAGGGUUCAAUGUUAUCAGGUGUUCUCCACAAAAAUCACUGUGCCACAGGCACCAGUGGUGCCAAAUAAAGGGGCUCUGGUCUCACCAAACCAAGCAGCCAGUCCUGGGGAAGGCCGCCCAGAGCUGGGGCCAUGGCUCAGGAGACUCACGUGGCACCUGUCACAGACAGGGCACCAGAAUGCAGACUGUGGUGGGAUCCGCCGAUGGGCUGUGGGGAGAAUCCGAAAUGGUGGACAGGGAUGCAAGGGUCAGGUGAGG